GUGUGUGUAGGGGUGUAUGUGUGUAUAGAGUUAUGUGUGUGUGUGUGUGUGUGUGUGCGUGCAGGGGGGUACUUUCACCUGUGUGCCUGCGCCCGGCGCGUCUGUGUGACUGUGAGUGGAAUGUGUGGGUACCACAGAGCUGGACAGUGUGUGUAGGGUACUGUGCCCCCCUGGUGCGCCCAUGCCGGCGGCCUGUGUGUGACUGGAACAUGUGAGUGAGAUGGUCGGUUAUGACACCCUAGUGUUUGGGGCUUGUAGGUAGGUCUGGGAGAGGGUGAUGGUGUGACUGUGUCCCUCUCCACUGCCUCUGAUUAUCCCAUGUGUGAGACAGUGGUUAGCGCUGUAGUUUUUAAGACUUUGUGGGCGUGUGGGAGGAAUGGUUGAGAAGGUGUGUCACACAGUAUCUUACAACUAGCCAGGUGAUUCCAUUGUGCGGCCAACUUUCAAAAUCACUUAUCUAGUGCAGUGGAGAAGGGCUGUGGAGUCGGGCGGAAUUUUAGUUGCUCUUGGUGCUGUUAUUGAAUAGGUGUGUGCCUUUAUGUAGAUGACUACAUUUCUUAGGUUCUUUAUCUUUAAAAUCUAGAAAAACUGUGUUGUUAAAAUAAUAAAAUAGGAAGUGAUUUGGGCAAGUAAACAAAUUCCUAGGUCUUCUUUUGCUCUCUGAGGGAAGACUAGAACGGGGGAAAGAGAAGUCAAGAAAUCCUAGGCUGGUAAUUCUGGAUGCUGCCAGGAAAGUCUGAUCUCUCAUGUUCUCUUCCCCACCUCAGUUGUCUAAGGACGCUGCCGUUUCACAAGAGAAGAGCCAGAAGAGGAAAGAAUGGCCGUUGGAUUUCUUAAAGCCAUGUACCAGGAGUUAGUGACCUUCAGAGAUGUGGCUGUAGACUUCUCCCAAGAGGAGUGGGAUUGCCUGGACUCUUCUCAAAGGCACCUAUAUAGUAAUGUGAUGUUGGAGAACUACAGGAUCUUGGUAUCACUGGGACUUUGCUUUUCUAAGCCAAGUGUGAUAUUCUUGUUGGAGCAAGGGAAGGAGCCCUGGCUGGUGAAGAGAGAGCUGACAGAAGGUCUGCGCUCAGGAUGGGAAUCUAUGUGUGAGACUGAAGAAAUAACCCCAAAGCAGGCCAUAUAUGAAGAAGAAUCAUCCCAGAAGAUAAUAGCAAAACUCACAAGCUAUGGCCUUGAAUUCUCCAGUUUGAGAGAAGAGUGGAAACGUGAGAGCCAUUUUGAGAGGCCAGCAGGAAGUCCAAAGGCGUGUUUCAAGGAAGAGACAAUCACUCAUGAAAAAACCCUUGUCGAUAAAAGAGGACAAGAAUAUAACAAAUCUUGGGGAAGCUUCUAUAAGAACACACAGUUUCAUACACAACAGAUAGUCCCCAAAGAGGAGAAAGUACAUAAACCUGACACAUAUAAGAAAAGCUUCAAAAAAAAUUUAAUGGACAUUAAGCCCAAGAGUGUCUAUGUAGAGAAGAAACUUUUGAAAUGUAAUGACUGUGAAAAAGUCUUCACCCAGAGCUCAUCCCUUACUCUUCAUCAAAGAAUUCAUACUGGAGAGAAACCGUAUAAAUGUGUAGAAUGUGGGAAAGCCUUCAGCCAGAGAUCAAAUCUUGUUCAACAUCAGAGGAUUCAUACUGGAGAGAAACCCUAUGAAUGUAAGGAAUGUAGGAAAGCCUUCAGUCAAAAUGCACAUCUAAUUCAACAUCUUAGAGUUCAUACUGGAGAAAAACCUUAUGAAUGUAAGGUAUGUAGGAAAGCCUUUAGCCAGUUUGCCUACCUUACUCAGCAUCAGAGAGUUCACACUGGAGAGAAACCCUAUGAAUGUAUUGAGUGUGGGAAGGCUUUUAGCAAUAGAUCAUCCAUUGCUCAACACCAAAGAGUUCAUACUGGAGAGAAACCUUAUAAGUGUAACGUCUGUGGGAAAGCAUUUAGUCUCCGUGCCUACCUUACUGUACAUCAGAGAAUCCAUACUGGAGAGAGACCCUAUGCGUGUAGGGUAUGUGGGAAGGCCUUCAGCCAGAAUUCACACCUUGCUCAACAUCAGAGAAUUCAUACAGGAGAAAAACCUUAUAAAUGCCAGGAAUGUAGGAAAGCAUUCAGCCAGAUUGCAUACCUUGCUCAGCAUCAAAGAGUUCAUACGGGAGAGAAACCCUAUGAAUGUAUUAAAUGUGGGAAGGCUUUUAGCAAUGACUCAUCCCUCACUCAACAUCAGAGGGUGCAUACCGGAGAGAAACCUUAUGAAUGUAAUGUUUGCGGGAAGGCCUUCAGUUACUGUGGCUCUCUUGCCCAACAUCAGAGAAUUCAUACUGGAGAAAGACCCUAUGAGUGCAGGGAAUGCAAAAAAACCUUCAGACAGCAUGCACACCUUGCCCAUCAUCAAAAGGUUCAUACAGGGGAGUCCCUCUCACUACCCAGUCCAGUUGGUCACCAAGUCCUAUAGCUUCUAUCUUCUAAAUCUGGAAUAUAUCCUGUUUUCUCUAACUCUGAUGUCAUCUCUCUCGUCUGAGAUUCGUUUCAUCUGGGCAACUGCUAUAGCUUUCUAAUAGGA